ACCCUUUCUCUGCUGUUCAUCUUGAUUUCCAUUUCUCUCUCUCUCCGUCUCUCUGUCUCUCUCUCUGCUUCUUUCAUGCGAAUUUUUCUUUCCAUACUUACCUCCUAUACCUUAAAUUUUUGAAGGGCCUCAUGUGUUUCUUUACUAGUUCAUUGAUUGAUCACAUAAACUUCAUGGCCACUGCCCCUACCGCCCCCCUGCCAGGAAAAAACAAGGAGGGCGACACCACCCUUCCGCCGAAGAGGGGCCGCGUCAAAGCCCAGAUUUUUGCAAGCCUCGCCGGAACAGUUUCAUCUCUGGCCUCGAAAGCAAUUACAGCUCUACCACCACGAGUGAGCCGCCGAGCGCUUACGCUUCGGAUGGGUGACGGAGAUGAUCAGGGCUGAAACCUCCGGCGUAUUCGCGUUUGCAUUGUGCUGUAUUAUAUAUACCAGUGUGCGGGUAGUGAGUAGCUAGCGCUCGCUGUUCCUCCCUUGUUUGUUGAGUUCUGGUAUGGAGUUGAUGGGGUUGGAACUGGGGUUUACUGCAUUUCAUCUCUUGUAAAAAUAUAUAAUAAUUAUUCAGUGUGUUUUUCUCUCUCUCAUCCA